AUCAUUAUGGACCAUCGCUGUACUUGUCUAGCGCGGAGACUCGGUGGCAGUUGAAAGGACCGUGUUUGGUCAUUGCAGAGAAAACUAGGGGCGUUGACACGAGUCGCUGGAGCUUUCAAAAAAUCCUUACUCCUCCGAACUGUGCCAAACAUCGAGUGCAGUGGAGCUACCAAACGGUUAUUUCCCUUUACCAGUACUCGUUGUUUCAGUUGUGAGGCGCUAGAGACUUAGUCGACGAGCUGUGGCCACUCCUGCUAGUGUGCCGUCUUGCCAGUGAUAACGGCAAUCACUACGAGCCUUUGCUCUGAGAUCCCACCAAGGAAAACGCGAUAGAAUGGCGUCGCGAGCUGGCAUCAUGGCAGCCCUGCUUGCUGCCUGCAUUGUUCUGGCAUUCUGCAGCAAACCGGCAGCCGGUGCGGAGCGCAAAGGCAGGGCGAAACUCGCCGGCGAGCACUCCGACAUCUUGGCCGCCUCGUCCGCAGCCGAACUGAGUCGCGGCAAGCGCAGCCUGUUGGAGUUCGCACGCAUGAUAGACUGCGAGAUACCGAACGUGAACUUCGUGCAGGGUGCAGUCCGAUACAUCAAUUACGGAUGCUGGUGCGGCGUCGGAGGCAAAGGUAGGACGGUCGACAAAAUAGAUGAGUGUUGUAAGGCACACGACGAGUGUUACAACAGAGCUAUUGCUGCCCGCUGCGAGAAUCCAAAGUUUUACACCUACAAACACAGUUGCUCCGGAGGCCGCGUACAGUGCGCUCCACAGGAGGAGCGGGGACGGAAGAAGAGGAGCUUCUUGCGCCGCCUGUCCAGGACCGCGCGACGCGUUACUAGCCGCAUUUCCAGGACUGCGCGACGCGUGACUAGUCGUCUUUCCAGGACGGCGCGACGCGUGACUCGCCAUGUUUCCAACAUAUACCGCACAUACAUCAACCCCUCCAAGACUAACACCGCGUGCGAGCACAUGAUGUGCAGGUGUGAUCAAGUGGCCGUUCAGUGCUGGAGGCGGUACAACUACCUAUACAACAGCAGAAACAUCAAGUACUUCAACCGGUUUGACGGAUGCUAAACCAUGCCAGGCGUGCCGUGCAGCACCCGUCUGCAUGCUCGUGGAAUUGAACUUCUCCUUUCUUGCUUUCACGUUGUUUUUAAAUUGCAAACGAAUAAGAUAAAGUGCGCACUGCGCAGUCACUCUGUGUUAUCAUGCAUCUACCUGUACACACAUCAUCAAGGAACGAUUUAAUUGUUGUCUCUGA